CACGCCCCACUCUACCUCUGGUAUACAUACCAUGGCACUUGCCUUAGUCGGGCAUAAUCGAACUGCCCUUCCUCGAAGCAUCAUGAGUAUGAAGGUGGUCCUCCUGGUUGGCCUGUUUGCCACUGCUUCCUUCGCCGCCCCUCAAGUCUACGAAGCCGGCAAUGUGGUGCACCCAAAGGCAUCGGGCAACUCCGGCUACUUAGACACCCUGGUGGCUGAGACCGUCAACAUUCUUCCCGAGAUCACCGGCGUCUUCGAUCGCAUCACCGAGGAUCGGUCGACCGACCACACGCGCGUGCAGGAGGUCAUGAUGGAGUUUAUGCCGCUCACUCGCAAGGUCAUGAAGUCUACCGAGAGGGUGGACGGAAAGAAAUUCAGCCGGGGCCAGUGGGACAGGUUCAAUGCCGCCGAAGCCGUCAUGCCCUCUGUACUGACCUUCAUGGACAGCCUGAGGGAUAUGGAUUUCUUCGGCAUCGGAACAACCGAAGGAUCUAGUUAGUGAAAUAAAGUGGAUCCAGAGGAACAAAGCUUUACUCAAUAGUCGCUCUCUUACAGUUAGUUCGUCCGAGUAGUUUUACCAAGAAAUCAGUAACCAUGUUUGAUUAUAAGAAGUAAAAAUACUGACCGUCA